CUCUCCCCCCCUGGAGGUUGGAUUUGAGGAUAUUCGCUGAUGGAGGACCUCUGCCGUGAGGUCGUUCUGACCUCAAAGGGGUCUUUCGGAUGGAUCCCAUGAAAUUCUCAGAGGGAUUUCUGUAAUCUGAUGUAGACAGAGAGCAGAGCCUCAUCAAGUAGGGCAGUGUGUGCUGACUUUGUGUACUGUAGCCACAUUUAGUAGUGUGGGAUGCCCGGCUAGCAUCAUGGAUCCUCAGCAGCCUGUUUUUAGCCUGAUGAAGCGCUUCUGUCCCUGUCUGAGCCUGCUGCCACUACCAAGUCAGGACUGGAGUAAGAGUGAUGAGAGGCUCCUGCAGGCCGUGGAGCAGAACGAACCCGACAAGGUCUCGGCCCUCAUCGUCAAGAAAGGCCUCUGUCCCACCAAGCUGGAUGCCGAGGGGAAGUCAGCGUUUCACCUGAGUGUAUCCAGAGGCCGGCUCGACUGCCUGGAGGUCAUCAUGUCCCACGGAGCAGACAUCAGUCUUCCUGAUGGGGCUGGCCUGAGUGGACUUCACCUCGCAGCCAAAAACGGCCAACCUGAGUGUUUGAAGAGACUCUUACAGGAAAGGUUGUCUGUGGAUUGCACUGACAGCACUGGCAGAACUCCUCUCCAUCAUGCAGCGGUCAGCGGUUGCCUCGGCUGCUCUGAGAUCCUUUGGGACUUUAAAGCCAAUCUGGAUGUUCAAGACAGUGAUGGAGCCACGCCGCUGAUCCUAGCAGCCCAAAUGAGCAGACUGGAUCUGUGCGUCUUCCUGUUGGGUCGAGGUGCUGAUGUCAACAUGCAGGACAGUCAGGGAAGAUCGGCCUUGAUGAUGGCGUGUGAGAGUGACAGCAUUGAGACGGUUGAGGCGUUGUUGAGGGGCGGGGCCAACACACAGCUGGUUGACUCUCUUGGACACAAAGCUGUUGACUACAGCAUCACAACAGGCAACCAAAGCAUCAUUCUCACGCUGCAGAAUGGGGCACCUGCAGGCAAUGGAGACGAGGAGGUAACGUUGAGAAGCUGCGUUUUUCAGCUCUGUGAUCCUGCUCUCGCCUUCACGCAGCUCACCCCAAUCCCCUCGGCUGCCUCAUCGGUGCAGGGGGGCACCGCCCCUCGCAAACGGAAAGCUCCCCCGCCGCCCCGCUCACCGCUCCAGGUGGAGGACGAAGAGGUGUUUGAGGAAAUCCGCCGGCUGCGUCUGGAGAGAGGCCGUCUGCUUCAGAAGAUCAAAGCCUUGGAGCAGCAGCAGCAGAGCGCCCUCUCCGCCUUGGAGGAGCUGUCCCAGCUGAAGCAGCGUCUAGAGGAGGCGGAGUCAGAGAGGGACAGGCUGCUGGAGGAGCUGAAGGGGGGGCAUGUGAUUGGAGCAAGUGACUCUGAGGACAUGGAUGAAAUGUUUGACUUCCCCGAAAAGCUUCUCUCCAAGCGCUCCAGAGCCUCGCUGGCUGAGGAUGACGCAGACCCGGAAACCGUCACUGAGCUCCGCAGACGAAUCGAGGAGCUCACGUCCCAGAACUCUGAACUUGUGCUUAAAGUGCAGUUUUUUCCAUUCUUCCUACAGAUGUUGGAGAUGUUUGAGAAAGAUGACACGGACAUGCAGGCACCCAGCACUGACUCUGUCCCCUUAGCUCAGUAUGAGACCCUCAGGAAGGAGUAUGAAGCCCUCCAGGAGCGCCUCUCUCAGGAACAGGCUUCCGAUGGCGACUCCACCGCAGCGGAGGAGCAGGACAACCAGAAGCCCCAGACGGCGGGUGCAGAUCCAGAGAGCCUGAAGGCCCUGAAGGAGAAGCUCCGCAGGAUGGAGGAGCAGUUAGCCUCUUCUCAGUCUGAGCUGGAGGAGCUGAAGGAGCAGAUGCGUCUCGGGGUACUUUCCGUGGAGUGUGGGGAGGGGGAUGCUGCAGCAACAGUUGCUCAAGCUGCAAAUCCGGAGCAGAGCCAGGAGGCGCAGCAGCUGAGGGCCAGGGUGACCGAGUUGGAGGAGGAGCUCGCGAAGCAAAAGGGCGAGGCUGAGGGUCAGAGCCAAGAGGACGGUGACAUAAUCAAACAGCUGAACGAGAAAGUGAAGGCACUGCAGGCUGCACUGGAUCAGAAGGAGUCGGACGAGGACUCCAGCAGAAAGGCAGAGGAGACGGCCAAGUCUCUUCAAGACAAAGUUGUUGAGCUGGAGGCGGCCCUGGCAGAGAGUAGGACAUCAGAGGCAACAGAUGGAGAUCAGGCCCGCCGCCUUCAGGACCGUGUGACCGAACUAGAGGGGGAGCUGAGAGAGCGUGUCCCGCGCUCGGAGCUGCAGGAGGUGCAGGUGACUCUGAGGAUCCAGUGUGAGCAACUCGCCAGGGAGAGAGCAGAUGUGGCUAGAAGGCUCAACGAUGCCCUCCUAGAACUGGAGAGGCUCCGCCCUCCUCUACAUCGAGAUGGUGACGAUGAAGAAGAGGAAGACCAUUCUGAGCCCUCUGUCAUGUCAGAGCACUCCAGUCGCACCGUAGCAGCUAUGAGGGAGGAGCUGGAGGUGGCCCGGCAGGAGGCCGCGCAGGCUCUGGAGUGUCUGUGUGCAGAGCGCGAGGGUCGGGCGCAGGAUGCCCUGCAGCGGGGAGAUGCUGUGCCUCUGGCGAAGCACAAAGACGCGCUAUCUGCAGUGUCAGAGCAGCUAGCUCAGACCCUGCAGGAGCUUCAGGAGGAAAAAAGUCUGAGGGCCAGUGCUGAGGAGAAGGCCGCCAGACUGGAGGCCAGACUGCAGGAGGACGCUGUUCCCAAAGAGGAGCAUGACAAAAUCAAGGCAGAGCUUGAGCGCACCCUACAGGCCAGCGAGAGCAGUGCAGCUGCAGCUCGGGAGGCUCUGGAUGAGAAAGAGAUGGAGCUGAGAGAACUGAGGUCUCAGAGGGCUGCAGAACAGGGUCUGAUCUCCAAGGGGGACCACGAGGCCCUGCGGCUCUCCCUGCAAGCGGAGAUCAACGCCAUCUCUGCUCGCUUUAAUGACCUCACUCGGAAACACGAGAAGACGUGCACUGAGGUGUUCCAGGUCCAGAGGGAGGCCCUCUUCCACAAAAGUGAGCGACAGGCGGCCGAGUCGCAGCUGGCGGCGGUGCGGCAGCAGCUCUCUGAACUCCAGGCCCAGUCCAGUCACAUCCAGGAGCUCCACAGAGACAUCCAGGAGUCCCAGGGCCUUGUCAAGGAGAAGGACCGCAAGGUGGGCGACCGUGGAUCCAGGAGGGUCAGAGGGCAGGAGGAUCAACUCAUUUUGUCUUUGCAGAUUACAGAGCUGUCCAAAGAGGUGUUCCGCCUGAAGGAGGCGCUUGGGGCUCUUUCGCCUCCUCUCGGUAUCACCUCCACCUCUUCCUCCUCAUCCGCCCAUCAUGGUAACCCUGGGCAACAAAUGGCGCUGCAGAACAGAAUUGCUAUACUCACCCAACAGCUCCAGGAUUGGGAAAGAAAGCACAAACAGGUGGUUGCUGUGUAUCGCUCCCAUUUACUGUCAGCUGUGCAGGGUCACAUGGACGAAGAGGUGCAGCGUCUUCUCUAUCAGAUCCUGAGGAUGUCACAGCAGGGACCAUGAAGUCUUUCUCCUCCUGCAGCUUCUGCAUUUUAACCUUCAAGG